GGGGGCCCGCGCCACGUGCGGGAGACGCAGCUCAGGCAAACUCCGGGUCCCCGCUGGCCCGUGCGGAGGGAGCGGGAUCGCAGCGCCCCGGCCCCGCGGGGCUCCCCCGGCGCGAGGCGCAGGCCCACUGUCUGAUGGGGAGAUGCCAGAGAGCUGGAAUGCCUCCUCCAACAGCCUGGAGGUGCGAGCCGCAGGCAUCAUCGUGCCAGUGGCCUUCUCCCUCAUCUUCCUCCUGGGCACAGUGGGGAAUGGGCUGGUGCUGGCUGUGCUGCUGCGUAAUGGCCAGGUGAAGUACAACACCACCAACCUGUUCAUCCUCAACCUGGCCAUGGCGGACCUCUGCUUCAUCAUCUGCUGCGUCCCCUUCCAAGCCACCAUCUACACACUGGACGGGUGGCUCUUCGGCCCCUUCGCCUGCAAGGCUGUGCACUUCCUCAUCUACCUCACCAUGUAUGCCAGCAGCUUCACCCUGGCAGCCGUCUCUGUCGACAGGUACCUGGCCAUUCGCUACCCGCUGAAAUCCCGGGAUCUCCGGAUCUCCCGGAAUGCAGUGGUUGCCAUCAUAGUGAUCUGGACCCUGUCACUGCUCUUCGCAGGGCCCUACCUCAGCUACUACCAGAUUGUCCACUACCACGGGGUACCCAUCUGUGUCCCCAUCUGGGAGGACCAGCACCGGAAGAUCCUGGACAUCCUCACCUUUGUGUUUGGGUACCUCCUGCCUGUGGCUGUCGUGAGCUUGGCUUAUGCCAGGACCAUCAAGUUCCUGUGGACCUCAGUAGACCCUGUCGAGAGAAUCUCAGAGUCCCGUAAGGCCAAGUGCAAGGUCACCAAGAUGAUUGUGGCUGUGGCCAUACUCUUCUGCCUCUGCUGGCUGCCCCACCACCUGGUCAUCCUAUGCUUUUGGUUUGGCUACUUCCCCUUCAACCGAGUCACUUAUGCCUGCCGCCUGGCCUCUCACUGCCUGUCAUAUGCCAACUCCUGUCUCAACCCCAUUGUCUAUGCCCUCAUCUCUAAGCAUUUCCGCAAGAAGUUCAAGCUGGUCUUCACUUGCCUCCUCUUCCAGAACAAGAACAGGAAGAAGAAGAGAGCUGGCAAUAAAGUCCACGUGACCAAUGUGGCCAACAAUGCUGUAGGUGCGUAUGGAGGGAACACCGAGGUCUCACAGAUCCAGGAGGAGAAUGCCAGGUGCUGCCAGGGCCUGCUGCGGAAAGAUGCUGAAGACACCCAUCUCCCUGAGGCAUGGACUCAUCAGCUACAGGACACCACUGCCUCUGCUCAGAGAGGACUGCUGGCUGAAGAAAGUUCUGUAACAACUGGCAACCCACUGGCUGUGACCUCACCAGGAAGAUCUCAGGGCCUGCUGACCCUCCACUGAUAAUAUAAACCAAGAGGAGAAAUGCAUAAUCCAGUGGGGGAGUCACCCUUCCACCCCUGUGUAUGCAAGCAGAUUGAAGGAUGUAGCCAUUGGGAAAUUGCACUGCAGUGAUGGCUAAUCUUAACAGUGUCAGCUGUGGCUUUUUUAUGAUCGUUCCACUCUUAUCCACUUCCCUGUACCAUUCUUGUGGGAGCAGUGGAAUCCAUCAAUGGAAAUUCAGAAAGCAGGAGCAUGCUAACAUAAAAACAAGAGACAUGGAGAACUAGACACAGCAUGAUCCCUGGGGAAAGGACUGGACUCCCAUUGCCCUGGGCACGAUAUUGAAAAUAUGUGGCGAGGAGAAGGGGAAGGAGUUUUACCACCAUGUGCGAUAUGACACCACACAAUUAACGGUGUGAUCCAGUGUAAGGCACUGCCCACAUAUUGGGGUUCAAAGAUUUGAACUUCCCUCUUGAGAUUAAUUAGCCCCUCGAUAAACCCUGUGUGGGUGUCUGUUGCUCACAGUCACCCAGGGGGUAUUCCCCCUACACAUUUUCAACAGUGCCCACUAAUUUUGCAUGGCAUCUUGGGUACUGGAAAAUUGCGACUAGCAAAAUUAACGUACCCUGUUUGAAACCACAUGCUGUGGUGUGGGUAUCAGAAUGCUGGGGGGCGUGGUUGGAAGAAUGUGUGUGUGUGGCUAUGUGUGAAGAGAGUUAGUCAUUUUGUUUGGGCUAGGGAUGGGAAUAGGAUCUCUAUGUGUGUCUGUGAAAACGGGGCAGUUCAAAACCUCUGUCACUGGAAAAACUGGGGCAAUGUGUCUAACAUCUCAUGCUCAAAUAAAUUGGUUAGUCUCUAAGGUGCCACAAGUACUCCUUUUCUUUAUCCCAAGCAGUGGAAUUCUGUUCCCUGACUGGGUGUCUUCUCCUCUCUAGUAAUUCCCAGCAGGUUUAGGCCGUUCUCCAAUGCGAAUCCUCCUCCCCCAGCUACUCCACUCUGUAUCACAGAGGGCCUUGUUUGCAAUUCUAGCUGAAAACCCCAAUUGCAAGGAAGUCAGCAGCUCAUAUCAAUAUCUUCUUAUACUAAUUCUACCACCAUCACUGUUAUUAAAAUGAUUUAUUAUAUAGCAAGUAAAAAAUGGAAAACCUGGUAUUAUUACAUCUUAGUGUCCCCUCCCAUGCAUGCUGAUAGACUCAUAGAAGCUUGAGAUGGAAAAGCUCUGUUAGUUUAUUAAGUCGGUCUCUUCCCUCCACCCUGGCAAAGCAGGAUGAUUCCCUACAGAACACUUCCUAGUGUUUUGUCCACUCUAGCUUUAUAUGUCCUCACUACUGUCCUAAUGCUCCUUUGGGUAUGUCUACACUACGAAAUUAGAUCGAAUUUAUAGAAGUCGGUUUUGUAGAAAGCGGUUUUAUACAGUCGAUUGUGUGUGUCCCCACACAAAUGCUCUAAGUGCAUGUAGUCGGCGGAGUGUGUCCACAGUACCGAGGCAACCGUCGGCUUCCGGAGCGUUGCACUGUGGGUGGCUAUCCCACAGUUCCCGCAGCAUCUGCCACCCAUUUGAAUUCUGGACAGAAAUCCCAGUGCCUUAUGGGGCUAAAACAUUGUCGCGGGUGGUUCUGGGUACAUAUCGUCAGGCCCCCGUUCCCUCCCUCCCUCCGUGAAAGCAAGGGCAGACAAUUGUUUUGCGCCUUUUUUCUUGAGUUACCUGUGCAGACACCAUACCACGGCAAGCAUGGAGCCUGCUCAGCUAACCGUCACCGUAUGUCUCCUGGGUGCUGGCAGACGUGGUACUGCAUUGCUACACAGCAGCAGCAACCCAUUGCCUUUUGGCAGCAGACAGUACAGCAUGACUGGUAGCUGUCGUCGACGUAGUCCUGGGUGCUCUUUUAAUCGGGCGCCUGGGCAAACAUGGGAGUGACUCAGCCAGGUCAUUUCCCUUGUUUCGUCUCGUGGCGAUUCAGUCCUACCGGCAGUGCGCUGCCUUUUAACCUCCAGCCAGCAAAAGAUGAUGGCUAGUCGUCAUACUGCUCCAUCUUCGGCCGAGCACCCAGGAGAUAAUGAUGGCUAGCGAUCGUACUUCACAGUCUGCUGCCAGCAAGAUGUAUAAAGAUAGAUGAAGUGGCUCAAAACAAGAAAUAGACCAGAUUUGUUUUGUAUUCAUUUUCUCCUCCCUCCCUCUGUGAAAUCAACGGCCUGCUAAACCCAGUUUUGAGUUCUAUCCUUGAGGGGGCCAUUCAGUUUCUCGCAAAGCCACCCCCUUUGUUGAGUUUAAUUCCCUGUAAGUCAACCCUGUAAGCCGUGUCGUCAGUCGCCCCUCCCUCCGUCAGGGCAACGGCAGACAAUCGUUCCGCGCCUUUUUUCUGUGCAGACGCCAUACCACAGCAAGCAUGGACCCCGCUCAGAUCACUUUGGCAAUUAGGAGCACGUUAAACACCACGCGCAUUAUCCAGCAGUAUAUGCAGCACCAGAACCUGGCACAGCGAUACCGGGCGAGUAGGUGACGUCAGCGCGGUGACGUGAGUAAUGAGGACAUCGACACAGACUUCUCUCAAAGCAGGGGCCCUGGCAAUAUGGGCAUCAUGGUGCUAAUGGGGCAGGUUCAUGCAGUGGAACGCUGAUUCUGGGCUCGGGAAACAAGCACAGACUGGUGGGACCGCAUAGUGUUGCAGGUCUGGGACGAUUCCCAGUGGUUGCGAAACUUUUGCAUGUGUAAGGACACUUUCAUGGAACUUUGUGACUUGCUUUUCCCUGCCCUGAGGCGCAAGAAUACCAAGAUGAGAGCAGCCCUCACAGUUGAGAAGCGAGUGGCAAUAGCCCUGUGGAAGCUUGCAACGCCAGACAACUACCAGUCUGUUGGGAAUCAAUUUGGAGUGGGCAAAUCUACUGUGGGGGCUGCUGUGAUGCAAGUAGCCAAUGCAAUCAAAGAUCUGCUGAUAUCAAGGGUAGUGACCCUGGGAAAUGUGCUGGUCAUAGUGGUUGGCUUUGCUGCAAUGGGAUUCCCUAACUGUGGUGGGGCCAUAGACGGAACCCAUAUCCCUAUCUUGGCACCGGAGCACCAAGACGGCAAGUACAUAAACCGCAAGGGGUACUUUUCAAUAGUGCUGAAAGCACUGGUGGAUCACAAGGGAUAUUUCACCAACAUCAACGUGAGAUAGCCGGGAAAGGUACAUGACGCUCGCAUCUUCAGGAACUCUGGUCUGUUUCAAAAGCUGAAAGAAGGGACUUUAUUCCCAGACCAGAAAAUAACCGUUGGGGACAUUGAAAUGCCUAUAUGUAUCCUUGGGGACCCAGCCUACCCCUUAAUGCCAUGGCUCAUGAAGCCAUACACAGGCAGCCUGGACAGAAGUCAGGAGCUGUUCAACUACAGGCUGAGCAAGUGCAGAAUGGUGAUAGAAUGCGCAUUUUGACGUUUAAAAGCACGCUGGCGCAGUUUACUGACUCAGUUAGACCUCAGCAAAACCAAUAUUCCCACUGUUAUUUCUGCUUGCUGUACGCUCCACAAUAUCUGUGAGAGUAAGGGGGAGACGUUUAUGGCAGGGUGGGAGGUUGAGGAAAAUCACCUGGCUGCUGGUUUCGCACAGCCAGACACCAGAGCGGUUAGAAGAGCACAGGAGAGUGCGGUGCGCAUCAGAGAAGCUUUGAAAACCGGUUUCAUGACUGGACAGGCAACGGUGUGAAAGUUCUGUUUGUUUCUCCUUGAUGAAACCCGCCGCCCCUUGGUUCACUCUACUUCCCUGUAAGCUAACCACUCUCUCCUCCUCCCUUCGAUCA